CGACUGACUGCUGAUGGGUGAGGAUAAAUAGUCCCACGGUGGGCUCACCGUGGGACUGGCCUGGACCAGCCUCAGAUUCCCACGACCCCUCCUCUCCACACACACAGAGGAGCAAGCAGGCUGCAGAGGCGCACAGGCGGACAGCGCGCAGACAGAGAGGCAGAGCAGCGCUGCACCACUUUUUUCCUCUUAUUUACUAUAAAAGCUACAUUUCAGGCUCCGCUGUUGCGCAUUGCACUGACUCACACUGUGCAGAGAGGAGGGUUAAAAAAAAACCCCACCUAAAACAAAAACGUCCAGAUCUCAGGAGGAAAUGAGAGAAAGAGUGGAUUAGCCGAGGAUCAAGAGUGGAGGAGUGGGAGGAAUAACGAAACUCGGGAUUAUGUAUUCUGAUAAUGCCGAGGAGCCGGUUUCUGCUUCAGAUUCACAUCCAAAACAAGUCUGAGGAUGACGGCUGCCAGUCCGCCCUGCAGCCCUGCCUCCUCCCACUCCUCACCCGUCUGCCUCCCGGCCUGCCACAAACACCUGAAGAAAGGAGCAGCACUCCAGACCAAGCUGCGUCUGGGCUCCCCCCCGGGCGUGUGGCUCAUGCUGGGCGCAAUGGUGGUGCUGGUGGGGAUGAGCGUGGCGGUGGCGGGCUACGUCUCCGCCGCACCGAGGCCGGCCGUGGGCGGCCGUGGGAGCACCCACGUUGAGAGGAUGAAGCUGGCCGGGCCGGUGGUCAUGGGAGUGGGGCUCUUCAUCUUCAUCUGCGCCGCCACGUUGCUGUACGAGAACCGGGACCGAGAGAGUCUUGUUCGAGACCCUCUGAACGACCUGGAGGACCUGAAGGGGAGCAGCUGCUGGGAGGAUACUCAGGAGCAGUGGGAGCACUCGGAUGAGGAGCAGUCAGCGUGGACCAGCCCGGUCCACAUUCUGCCUCCCGCCAGCAGUGACUCUCCUCCUCCUGAUGCAGGAGGUGCAGCUAAUGAGGAGGGAGACCAAGAGCAAUAUGAGGAGGAGGAAGAGGAGGAGAAGGGAAAGUUGAUACUGCUCACCCAAGUUCUGCACCACCAGGCGCCCAAUCCUCACCCAUCCUCACCCUGCCUGUCCGCUUCUUCUGACCCGGUUCACUCAGAUUCAAGCAACUUGAGUGAAAUCGACUUUAAUGACCGGACAGAGUCUUUAGAGCUGCCCCAGGACUGACGCUCCGCCUUGCACAACCACCGGACUAUGCACUGCUCAGUGAAGAAGAGCUUAAGAUUUGUUUGUAUGUUAUAGUGCCUCUGAGUGGCACACUGAGUCACUGUCUCUGAAGGGUGUUUUUGUCCUACAUUGCUCACUGACUCAUCCACAUUUGAAAAAUUUUAAGCUGCGCUGUUUGAUGUCAACUCGCCAUCUUGUCUCACAGCUCCGCCCAGCUACCCAUAAAACUCCACUUCUGGAGUGACCAAACAUGGACCUGCUGUAAAAGUUAUUUGGGUGCCAACGUGGGUGAUAAAUGCUUCCUCUCACACUCAUCCUCUCCCCAGAGGUGGACUUUUCCUUUCUUAAGAGGUUCACAAAAGAGGAUGAGCCAGAUUAGGUCCUGAAUGAGUCUUUAUCUUAUCUCACGUGCAGUAUAAUCUUCUCUUUAUCUCGGGGAAAGUUGUGUUUCGGUGUAAACAAGAGCAGCACUAAAGCCACACUCCUCUCACUCGACUCCUACAGCCAUGCUAUUAAUACCAGCUGGUGCUCGAUUGCAAGAUUCGGACUUCUUACUGUAAAUUUCAACAGUUUCUUUGGAUUCCCACAUUCAGCUGUUCACAUUCCUCCCCUUCCUUUAGUGCGGCGUCGAGAGAUCUGAGAGAAUCUGAGAGUGGACGAACAGAAACGAGUAACAGCAUUUAAAAACACAAAUUCUGGUGAGGCUGCGAUGAGUUAUUCUUGACGUAACUGAGAAAAAUCACUCCUGUCGGUUUGAGUAAGUGAUGCCUCACUCUCCCACCAUCGCGACCUCUCAUCUCCCAUCUCUUCAUCACCUCGUUUCCUACGCUUUAUUCAAAUUUUCAUUACUCUAUCUCAAUUCUUGGCUUGUGCACAACUGAGAAAAGAGCACAAAAAGUAAAUAAAGCACAAGAAAACAUUUGCAAGUACAAUUAAAGGGAUGUUUCAGAAUAAGAUUCUGUUGUAAGGAGUUAAUAUUAUCUCUUAUCCCAUCUUUAACUCUUUGAAUUAGUUGAGCUUCGACAGUGAAGAUACCAGAUAGUCUAAGAGGGAGAUCAAGACCAAAGUGGACUUCUGUCAUCUUAAAAAACCCCAACCUCAAAAACAUCAUAGCGGUAGAAAAAAAAAACAAUAUUUGAUUGAUUUUUAUAAAGGAUCACUUUCCUAUCAGAUUUUUCCUGACAAGCAAUCUUUGAGAUGUUAAUUUUCAACUUGUGCUUCACAUGGAAGAUUAUUGGUGGGACUCCGCCUCCAAGCUCCUUCGCAGGUGUAAAUAACUUGAGUAUUUUCUAUUGUCAAAUGCUCAAUGCCAACAUGAAAAAACCCAAACUCAAACAUCCUAGACGCUUAUGUAAUUAUAGUAACAACCUUUAAAAUGUUCUAAUUGCAUUGGACUGUUAUUUUAUUUUAUUUUCUUACAGAAGACACAGAAUAUUUACAGCUGAAAUAAAGCUUAGAGGUGGUGCACUACCAGUAAUCUCCCCUGCAAAACAAACUUAAAAUACAACUCAGAGCAACUAUCUGAAAGAAGAUGAAUGUACACUUAGCACACAAUAAGAGAAUUUGUGUUUGGUUAAUAAUUUCUUUAUUCUGACAAUGCUUCUAAGUAAUAAAUCUUAUGCUUUCGGAAAGCCUGUUUAUCUCCCUUUCAAUGGUGCUGCAUUUGUAGGCAAAAUGUAUUUGUAGAAUAUAGUAGGGGAAAUAAGUAUUUAACACACCGCUGACUUUUGAAGUUACUUACAAAGAAUGGAGAGGUUUGUAAUUUAAUAAAAAUAAUUAGCAUUUUACUGCAUGAAAUAAGUAUUUGACACAAUAGAAAAAUGUAACUUAAUAUGGUUUGCAGAAAUCUUUGUUCCUGUAGUUGUUGACCAGGUUACACACGCUGCAGUAGUUAUUUAUUUUCACCAGUCCUUCAUACAGAUCUGAAGGUUUUGGGGGCCACUCCAGGAAACUGAAAUGCUCCUAAGAAAGAUUCCUUAGUUCUCUUGGUGGUGUGUUUUGGGUCAUUGUCAUCGUGGAAGACCCGGCGAUGACCUGAGGUUGUUGUCCCAAGAUCUUGCGAUGGAAUCCAUCCAUCCAUCCAUCCAUCCAUCCAUCCAUCCAUCCAUCCAUCCAUCCAUCCAUCCAUCCAUCCAUCCAUCCAUCCAUCCUCAGUAAGUUCAAUAUCCAUCUAAUGACAUGAUUAUUUGACUCAGGCGUGUUGAAGCAGAGCCCUUAAGGAGUGGAUUUGACGAUCAAUAGUUUUGGUUCCUUGGACAGCUUUUUGGUCUUACCUGUGGUGUGGAGAGGUUGGAGUCUGAGUGUGUAGAUAGGUGUCUUUUUAUUCAGGUAAUAAGUUCAAACAGGUGCAAUUAAUACAAGUCGGACAAAACUACUUCUUAAAGACAAACUAACAAGUUCAUUCUUUCUGGUAGGAAGGGAGUCAAAUACUUAUUUAAUGUGACAAAAUGCUGCUAAUUAAUUUGUUUAAAAUCAUACAAUGUGAUUUUCUGGAUUUCUUUUACAUUCUGUUUCUCACAGUUGAGGUGAACCUACAAUGAUAAUUACAGAUUUCUCCAUACUUUGUAAGUAAAUCGACACUGAAUUAAAUAUUUUCCCCACUGUAUAUGGGGUUGUCCCAUAAAAAAUUUCCCAAACUCUCUAUGCAAAUGUGAAAGUGCUGUUUUUGGUUUCAUACCUGAAUUGGAUGUUUAACGCUUAUAGAAACUAAACGAAUUGUCAAUUUAACUACAAACUAAUCCCAACUAACUUUAAAAAAAUUAAUUUAACAAACAUGAACCUCAGUAGUGCCUGUCAGAAGUGUCUCAAAGUUUGAACAAAGAGUGGGGAAAAAAACAAUCAACAGGUAUGAGUUUUUAGAAAUGUAAAUUCUUUUGGUGAACGUUUACUUUGGUCUUGGUCACUUUUAGCUUCAGCAUCCAGAACCUACUAAUCAGGAUUUAUGCAAAGCGAGGACAUAGAGAGCUAUGUAUUGCAGGUAGGGUAUUAACUACUUAUUUAGACAGAAACCCAGUUUACAAAUCCUGACCUAUCCCUUUAAGCCAAAAUCAGCCCAUUAGCACAGAUGGGGAGGAAAGAGGGUUGGAUUUUAUUUUAAUUAUCACCAGCUUUUUUCUCUAGUCUCUAAUUAAACAGGAGAUCAGUUUGAACAUUUUUAUAGGUACCUAAGGACUGCUAAGUAUUUCCUUGCAGGUCGGGCUCAUGCUGAGAUCCCGCCAUGUAGAUGACGAGUGAGACUGGAGUUUACAGUAAUCUGCACCCAUCCAUAUCAGCCGCAGCUGUCUUGGCAGGAGCUCAAUGCUGUUUUAGGAUGCAGGAUGUAUAUUUCAGUUGCAGCGGGUGAAAAAUGGAUCUUGAUUUGAGCCGUCAACAUCUUCCACAAAAAGAAAUCUGCCCACUCUUCCCUCUCACACUUAAGGGGAGUCCUGCUCAGUGUGAGAUGAUCUAAUGCAUUUGAAUUCAGUGAGAACGAGGCUGUGCUGUGAGGCUGCAGUCACUGAUAAUUUAUUUAUAAAACUGAGUGUGACAGUAAACCGACCAGAGGGAAUAAUGUCAGCGCAUAUCUAAAUGCAUGCAGAAAUGACUGCCGCUACACAAAUGGAGAAAUCUUCUCAAACGUAGAUCUGUGUUUGUGUCUGUGCAGCAGCGUUACAUAAGUCAGCAGUGCAGGUUUUAUGCUGCAUUGACAGUACAACUGAAUCAAAUCCUUUACUCUCAGAGAGUAUUGUGCUCAUGUGAGUGCAUUGAUACAUAUCUGAGCAGACGGACAGGAAGCAGUAAGCUACUUAGCCCUGCGCUGACUCAGUAUGCAAGUAUUUCUCUGUUCCCUAUAAGAGAGAAGCUUCAAUCAACAUUUUUUACCUAGACUUAACCAGCUGGAAAAAAUUCUGUUUAUUACUUAAAUAGAGACACACCAGAUCCCAGACCAGCGAAAUCAGCUAAGAAGUCACGGAAAGUUAACGGCGCUAACGAGGAGAACUGUGUGUCACUGAGAAGGCAUUUACUUUCUGACUGAAACAAUAUGUCAGCGCUUUAAAGGUGUAACAUUGACAUUUAAUCCGUGUUUAAAACUGCCAAUA